CCAGUAAGCAAGCUCCGAUCAUUUCGGAGAGGCAGAAAAAGGUCCACCGUGACCGCCGCCCGCGAUAGCCCGCUGCCCUACCCAACCUCACCUAUAGGCUCCGACCAACCCUUCAAUUGGGUUCCGACCGCAUCACGACCACACGCCACCAUGGCAUCCCUUGCAGCGGCAGCUUGCCGCGUUUCCGCGAGGGUUGCUCGCCAGAGGCUGUCGCACCCCGAUGCCGCCGCCAGGAGUCAGUCCCGUCCCGUCCCAAACAAGACCAGAAAAAGCCGCGUCCUCAUGAUUAUGGUAUGAGGGAUUGACCAUCGCACUGCACUUGCUGACACGGACCGCCCAUACCGCAGGCUUCAGGACCUCGGCCGCCGCUCUCGCCGCGCAGAACCUCACUAUGCCGGCGCUGUCGCCGACCAUGACCGAAGGCAACAUUGCGAAAUGGCAGGUCAAGGAGGGCGACCGGUUCGCCGCUGGCGACGUGCUGCUCGAGAUCGAGACGGACAAGGCCACGAUGGAUGUUGAGGCCCAGGAGGACGGCAUCCUGAUGAAGAUCAUGCGGGGCGACAGCAGCAAGGGCGUCCAGGUCGGCGCCCGCAUCGCCGUCAUUGCCGAGGAGGGCGACGACAUCAGCACCCUCGAGCUCCCCCCCGACGAGAGCUCGCGCCAGCAGCAAUCCCUGCCAGCAGCCGCAGCGAAACCAGACCCUCCGGCAUCCUCCCCCUCGCCCUCCCCCUCAUCUACACCGCCCGCGUCGGCGCCCUCCAAUACGCGGGCUCCGAAGCAGACCUACCCGCUCUACCCCUCCGUGGCCCACCUGCUCAAGAAGAACGGCCUGGACGAGUCGGCCGCCCGCGACAUCACGCCGACGGGACCCAACGGCCGGCUGCUCAAGGGCGACGUGCUCGCCUACCUAGGUAAGAUUGACGCAGCGACGCCCGCCGCCGUGUCGGCGCGCUUCAACGCUGCGUCCCACCUCGACCUCAGCAACAUCAAGGUGGCCCCCGCACCAGCCAAGAAGGCCGCGCCAGCAGCCCCCGCCGCCGCUGAGAAAGCAUCACCACCGCCGCCGCCCUCGCUCGUGGCGCUCCCCGUGUCCCUCGAGGCCGUGACGAGCGUGCAGAAGAAGGUCCACCACACGCUGGGCGUCUUCCUCCCGCUGACGACCUUCAUCGAGCGCGCCGCCGACGUGGCCAACGACGACCUGCCGCUACCCGCCGGCGCGGCCCCACCUGCGCCCUCGGCAGACGAGCUCUUCGACCAGGUGCUCGGACUCGGCAGCAGCGGGCCGAAGAAGGCGGCGUCGUCGCGGGGCUCGUACACGCCGCUCGUGUCCGCGCUUUCGCAGACGCGGCCCCUGGCGGCGGCGCCCAGGAAGCGCAAGGAGAUGGACAUCAUCGACCUACUGUCUGGCCGGGCGGGGCUUGCCUCGGGUCGCGGCACCGCGGCGACGGCGAAGGAGGCCGCGAUCUUGUCCACGGGCCCCAACUUGUUUAGCCUGCAGGUGCCGCGGGUGGAGCAGAAGCGGGCCCAGGUCUUCCUCGAGCGGCUAAAGCUUGUGCUAGAGAACGAGCCGGGCAGGCUAGUGCUUUGAUGGGGGAGAUGGAUGAGACGGUCUGGUCUGGUCCAGUCUGGUCUGGUCUAAUCUGGUCUGGUCUAGUCUGGUCUGGCGUAGCCUCCAGCUCCUUUCUGUUGCGCCGUACUAACUAGAUAGGUAAUUAUGAAAAUCAAUAGAGUUUCCUCUUUUUUUAUUAA